AGUAGAUCUCAUAACAAUAAAAAUUUAUGAAUACACAAUCAUGGCUGCCGUAGGGACGUUGGAAGAGUCUGCCUUGAAACGAAAAGAAAGAUUGAAUAAUUUACGGAACAAAAAUAAGGAUGAUGACGCCCCUAAAAGACAAGGAGAUGAUGCUAAUCAUGGAAAAGAGAAGCUUCCAAGACCUGUCUUUAGAAGUUACAAGCCACUUGAUGAAAGCCUGAAAGACAACACAUUACCAGCAGCAAAACCUGAAGAUGUGUCGGAGAAGGUUAAAACCCAGCUGGAGGCAUCCAAGACACAUGAAAUCAUAGAUGAAGUGGACCUGGUGAAUCUUGCCCCUAGAAAACCUGACUGGGAUCUCAAGCGUGAUGUGGCAAAAAAACUGGAAAAGUUGGAACGAAGAACACAAAGAGCAAUUGCAGAGCUGAUAAGAGAACGUCUGAAGAAAAGUGGAGAAGACUUGGCGCAGGUUGUAAAUGCUGGAGCAACAGAUCGUAACAUUAACGAGGAUGACGAUGACAAUGAUUGAUCUGGUCUCACGUUUGUGUGCUAAUCUGUGUAGUUUCCAAGACAUGAGAAAUGCUGCAAGUCUGCUCGCUGGGCUAGCAAGAUUGAUAUGCAUUUUAUUAGCAAUGUCUAAGACAUGGCUGGCAGAAGUUGAUGUGUAAAUUUUACAUGUUCAUAAGUAGCAUACCAGUUAAGAGAUGUUGUUUUUUCAGGAACUCAAAAAGUUUAGGUUAAAUUUAAGCUUACAUUCCAGUGAAUUAUUGGGAAUCACUCCAUGACCCAUAAGAAAGAAGUAAGUAGUUCUAAAGUGUUAUUUUUCACUAAGGCUUUAAAAACAAUUUAGCCUUUUGUGCUGGCUUUGUGAAUUAAUCACAUGUCUAAAUAUUGUGUGUAUAUUCAACAUUUUGAUAUAUUUCAUUGAAGGCUAUUUUUUUAAUGUGACCAUUUGAGCUAUGUUCUUUUUGUGAAGUUGGAAGAUUACAAACAUGUGAAUUAAUGUUUAAAUGGAUAUUAGGCUUAAACAAUUGCAAAAACGAAAGAGCAAUUAGGCUGUUUUUAAAGAUGGUUGUUUUGUGAUAGGAUUCUACAGGAUUUAUUUCUCAUCCCAAAGAAGCUGUAAUUUCCUAUCAAUCGCUUAUAUUAUUGUUGUUUUAAAUUAAAUUUUAUUAUUUGCAUAUUAGUUUAGUGCUCCUUUCAACAUUACUGUAUUAUUUCUUAUGAAUAUGUCACCAAUUAUGUGAACAUGCACAUAUUGCAAUAAUAUGUAAGACACAUCC